UUCAGGCGGAGUAAAAACUGAGGGAUUUUGUUGUCCAGCACCAUCUAGUGGCCGGUGUAUCCUAGUAUAUGUAUAUUCGACAUUUGACGAUCGAUGGUAAUUUUGAUGUCUAGUAACUUAACAAUUUUGUUUCGCUCCUGCAUCAAUGACUUCGUACUCUCUUCUUUACCGUUACGAGGCGUCUGCUGUAGCGUUUGAUACUUUUCGUGCGUGACUGUGCUUUCGGUUUAUACUUGUCUCUGUGCCUGUGAGACAUGUUCCCAAGCUCAAAGGAGGCUUGAAUUAAACCCAAUAAAUCGAAUGUAAAUCACUUGUUUCUAUAAUAAUUUACAUUUGUAAACAAUGGAUAUCGAAAGAUUAAGCAAAAAGAAGAAACGGAUCAAACGUGAUGGCAACCUUCAGCAAUUGGCUGAAAUUGUUAAGGAGCUUGGAGAUAUAUAUUUUGAAACUGGAAAGUAUGAAGAUGCUUUACAAGAGUAUAAGGAGCAGUUAGAAGUUUGCAACACUUUAGGAGAUAAACUAAACAUUGCUGUAGCUCAUAGAAUGGUUGGAGAGAUAUAUGCAAAUUUAGGCACCUAUGAGGAAGCAUUAAAGCAUCAAAAUUUAUAUUUGGAAGGAGCCCAAGAGAUAAACAAUUUGUUGGAAGAACAACGUGCUUAUGCAACAUUAGGUAGAACAUAUUUCUGUUGGGCAGAAAGUUUGCCUGGUGAAUCUGAGAAUAAAUCUGAUGCUCUUGCAAGUGCUAAAAAAGCAUAUAUGAAGAGUAUACGUCUUUGCAAUGAAUUAGGAGAUACAAAUAUCGAGUUGAAAGAAUUAAUCACUAUGAGAGCUAGGUUGCUUUUGAAUUUAGGCCUAGUGCUAGAAGCUCAGAAAGAUCAUGGAGAGGCUGUUGAUUUAAUGGAAAAGGCUGCAGUAUUAUGUCAGACUCAUAAUUUGCGAGAAGAUUUUCAUAGAACACAAAUUGCUUUGGGAGGAAUUUACGACCGUCAGUGCAAUUAUGAAUUGGCAUUAAAACAUUUCGAAAAAGCCGCCGAGAUCGAUAAUACAUCUCUAAAAGCAGAAGCACGAUUAUUUCAAGCGGAAUUACUUUUGAAAAUGGAACGAUGGCAAGAAUCGCGCAAGAUGUUAGUGUCUUUGUACGUUGCAACCAAUUUACCACAAAAUCUGAAACAUCAAGUUGAAAAAUGCCUUAGGAUAGUUGCAACUUUACAUACUACCGAGCAUGCUUUAAGCGAAGAAGAAAGUACGAGCGGUAAGUUGAAACUUUACGAAACAUUAGGAGAUGCAGCGGUUGCUGCAAGUUGUUUUGAAAAAGCUGUCGAUUAUUACAAGAAGAUGCUCGAAUGCGCGGAAGAGAUUAAAAGUGACCGUACAGGAGCAGCUUUGUUAAGUCUGGCACAAACUUUGAAAGAUGUUGGACGAUACGAUGAAGCGUUAGAAUUUGCUCAAAGGGAGUUGAUGUUAUGCACGGAUCCACGUGAAACAUGUAGGUCUGCUUUAUUUUUGGCAGAUUUAUUAAUAGCUAAUAAAGCAGCUGAUGAAAAAAUUCAAGAAAUUUAUAAUUUAGCUUUAAAAAAUGCAAAAGAUUGUGCCAAUUUUUCGUUGGAAGCGUCGGUACUAAAAGAACGUUUAAAUUUUUUAAAAACUUCCGGUAACACAGACGAAAUAGAAACUCUUCAGGAAAGAUUAAAAGAGCUGGACAAAUUUUCGGAUGACACAGACAGCGAAAAUGAAUCGGAAGAAAAUAACAUUGGUGCAAACAUUUGUUUGGAAGAUUUGUCAGAUGUAGAAACCGAAUUGAAAGCUAAAGGAAGUAGCAAGAUGAAUAGAAAACGAGCUAGAAAUAAAUCAAUGAUAAUAAAAAGAAACGAGAAAGGUGAAACACAGCUUCAUGUUGCUUGCAUUAAUGGAAAUAUCGAAAACGUUGAAAAGUUGUUGGAAGCCGGUCAUUCAACGAACGUCAGGGACAAUUUUGGUUGGACACCACUUCACGAGGCCGCUAAUCAUGGUUACGUGGAAAUCGCAGAGUUGCUAUUGAAACACGGUGCAGAUGUAAAUGAUCCUGGAAGCCUCAUGUGCCAAGGAGUUACGCCUCUUCACGACGCAGCGUCUUGUGGUAAUAUUACGAUGAUGAAGCUUUUAAUUCAACACGGAGCAAACGCAGAACUUAGAACAACUGAAGAUGAUUCAGUGCUAGAUUGUUUAGAACAAUGGAGAAAUCGCGUUGAUUAUUUGUCUCCCAACGAUCAAGCCGAGUAUGAUGAAAUGUAUAACAUAUUGUCUGCUAUAAUCCCAUCAAGUAAAAAGAAAAAUUUUAAACGAUUGCAUAAAUCACCGCAUAGUUCAAAAACUUACAUCGUUGACGAAGAUGAUAACGUAAAAAACAUAUCUGCAGGUGAAGAUUACAAAAGAACAAUAGCCAGUUUGAAGCGUAGAAAUGAUCCAAUUGGAAUACCUUUGUCUCGCAAUAACUCUAAUAUAAAUCCACUUUUAAACAGUGAAGAAGUUCUUUUAGAUGAUUGGUUAGAAGAUGAUAUCAGUGAAAAUAUCAGCAAUAGAAGAUAUUCCGAUGAAACAUCAACUUCAAUUACGAAAAGAAAGUCAAGCAAUGGCGAUAUUGAUUUUGAGAAAAAUUUAAAACGACAGAAAACAAAUAAUGAAAAUUUUGUACUAAAAGAACAAAAAUUUGAUUUAGAAGAAAAAGGUAGCAACGAUCGUUGCGAUACCGUCGAUACGUGUUCGAAUUCGUCCAAACUUCGAAAAAGAAAGCAGCAAACGUCCUUGUUAUCGAUUGGAUUUUCCAGAAAUCCGAUUUCUCGAUCUCCUUCUCCUGUAAUUUCAUCACCUACGGAAUUCAAAUUACAAGAAACAGAUUCCAUAAGAUCAAUUAUUUUAAAUGUUUCCGUGGAAGGAAAAGUAUUCAAAACGCAAGUAGAAUUUUCAAAUACGACAAAACCAUUAAUACAAGAUAUUUUAGCUGACAUUGAAACACAAUUUUAUAACGAUAGUGGCUGUAAAGCCAAGUUUGAUUUAAAAACUGUAAGUGGUAUUGCGAUAAAUUGUAAUAAUUUACUUACGAUUUUGAACGAAGGAGAUAUUAUUAAGAAUUUGAAAUGUGAAAUAAUUGAAUUGGAAACACCUUCUAUCGUCGAUCGGUAUGGAACGAUUUGUAAAACUUACGACAUUGAUGUUCGUGACUCCGUAUUAAAAUGUUUAAAAUCAUGCGAGAACACACGUAUAUUACGAUUGAAACAAGGGGAUAUUAGUAAGAAAGAACUUGUAUCUGUAUUAAAGACUUUGAAAUAUGAAAAAAAUGUCCAAAUAUUAGAUUUAUCUGGUGGAGAGUUGUAUGAAAUGGGAAAAGAUUUAAACGAUUGUAUUUUAAAGUUGUUAUCUUUACAAGAAUUGUGCCUACAAGGCUGUGACAUUGAUUCGAAUUGUUUAAGUAAAUUAGACAAGUUACCUGUACAACUUAAGCUAUUGGAUCUCAGUUACAAUCCGCUUGGACCGGAAAGUCAGGAUAUUUUAUACAAGCUUCUUAGUCCUUUGACACAACUUCAAACUUUAAAAAUACGAUAUUGUCAAUUAUGCAAUUUUCAAUUUAUUUCGAGCAACUGCAGCCUUGUAAAUAUAGAUAUUUCGUGGAAUAGCUUCAAUGAAAAUGGACUCUGUAAUACUUUACAGAGACAGCUACUUAAUUUAAAUUUAUCAAAUACCGUGUAUUCAAGCGAAUUUAAUUUAGUGAAAAACAUUUUUACUACUACGAAUUUUUCGUUUUUAAAUUUGGAAUGUUUGGAAGUUGCUGCCUGUGAUUUAUUAGAUAUCGACGUAAGAAAUAUAUUGUCACAAGCUUCAAAUCUUUCCAAGUUGGUACUUAGAGGAAAUAGAAAUAUAGGAGUACAGUCUCUGAAUUUGUUAUUGAAACAUACGCCAACGUUAAGAUAUAUUGAUGUCAGUGGUUGUAUGACUAUUACCGAUUAUCCUGAUGUUGAAAUAUUUAUUGAAAAUCCUGUAAUUUGUACAUUAAUUGUGAGCAUGUAUCCUGAAGUGUGUGAACAUUGGAUACGUUUGUGGCGAGGAAAUGGUAUUGUAAACAAAUUACCGCACAAUCUUGUUAUUUUUAAACCAAUUAAAGAGAUAGAAAGAUGAAAUUUAAUAUUUUAUAUAUAUAUAUAUAUUAAUACACGUGUAUAAAGGAACAAGAGAAUAUCAUAAAUUACAGUUGAUCUUUUCCAGUUGUAAAAGUUUUUAUUUUAUCUUUGUUUUUUAUAUAUCAUAGAAAAUAAUCGAUUACAAUUAUGUGUUAGUACUUAAGUAACGUGUACUGAAUCUUGUUGAAUAAUGUAUAAAGUUCGCGCUACUUGUUCUAUUUUUUGACACAGGUUGACGUACCUCGA